UUGUUCAACACUCUAGAAUACUCAAUAGUCAAAUUUCUUAAAAAAUGGGGCAAAAUAUUCAAAUACGAAUCUGGUUUGACUUGGAUAGCUCUAGGUUUAGCCGAAUGGAUUCCACCUCUAUUAAAUGAUGAUCUUUAUAAUAAUAAUAACAAUAACAAUAAAUAUGUCUUAUUAGAUAUCAACUCAACCUCAACCUCAAAUAAACAAAAAUCUUUGCCCAAAAAACAACUAUCCUUCCCAGAGAUUUAUGAAAGAAUAGUUCUAGUCUUACUACACUCCCCAGAACCUGAAGAUGAUACCUUUUUAAACAUAGAUUUCUUUGACAACCCUAACAAUUACACCGACCACAAUAACCUAUUGAAAACAACAACAAAUGCAACCACAGAUUUUAUCAACUCCCUAACCACUCUCCCUAUCAAAGGUGGCUCAAUCGAAGAAAGAAUCUCCUUUUUCUCAUACUUGGCUAAUACAACUUUACCCGAACUAACCAACCACCUAAAACAAGAAAAUAUCUUUUUCGAUACAAACAAUUUCUCAAAUAAUAACAAUGAUUGGAUAAUUUGGUGGUUAAAAUGGUACGGCGCAAAAUUAUUCAAUAAAUUCGAUAGAGCUAGAAUUUGGGACUGUAUUCUUGGUUGGAGACCUUCUUGCUCUCUCCUAAAUAAUAACAUUAUUAUCAAAAAUAAAAACAACUUAUCCAAUUCGACUUCAAUCUCCUGCUCAAGUUCAAAAUCAAGCAAAUUAGGCCCGGAUAUCUUUUGGUGGGAUCAUUUGUCUUUCGAUUUUGAUAAUUUCGAUAAUGACGAUAAUUUAUCAAGAACUACCUCAAAUCAAUUUCCAAAUUCAAUUGAUAACGAGAUAAACCAUCAACGCAAAUCUUCAAAUAUAAAUGAUGAUAUCGAAUCUGUGAUUCCCUUUUCUCAAAUUGACCCUCAAGCUGAAAUAAUCUUCAUCUGUUUAUCCAUGCUAAAAUCAAAAGAAAAUGUCCUAUUGGAAUUGGAAGAAUCAGAAAUCAAAGAAUAUCUAAACCAAACAUCCCCAUUCCUUACUAAAAAACUCAAACACAAACACAAACAUAGACUAAAACAUCUUCAGAAUAACAGAAACCUUUCAAGAACAAGUCUUAAUGGAGAACACCCCCUAGAAAAAGUUAAAACUCAUACCAAAAGCAAUGAACAUCUAACAAUUAACACAAGAAAAUAUUUCAAAUCCAAGCCAAUUCCAAUGAAUAUCAUUGAUAAAACAUUCACUGAUAUUGACGACGUUAUCAACGAUGCUGGCGAGCUAUGGAGAACCUGGCUUUUGAACGAAAUGAACGAAGAUGAGUCUUGA